CGUGCGUUCAGACUGAUUUGUUUUCAUGUAGCGUGAUAAAUGCACUGCGCAAAUCAAAACAUAUACAGGAAAGCUGCGAUUUUUUCAACAAGAUGCCAGUCCUGCGAUUUUAUCGUACUCCCUGCCAGAGCGGCGAUGAUGUCAGUGCAACCAAGAAAGUGUCCUCUCUACUGCCAGCGGUCUCACUGGACUCUGUGAAGACCGAGUUUUGUCUGUAUGUGGAAGUUGUAGAUGAAAAGGUUUUGACCAAGGCAGACAGAGCAAAGUUAGAAUGGAUACUGUCUACCCCAUUUGAGCAAGAUAAGCUGGCCUCCUUGAGCUAUCUGCCAGAUAUCCAUGACACAGAGGGAGAAUUUCUUAUUGAGAUAGGACCAAGGUUGAAUUUCUCUACAGCUUUCUCUACCAAUGCUGUAUCAAUGUGCCACUCGGUGGGACUGACAGACAUCACACGUAUAGAAUACUCAACAAGAUAUUACAUCAAAAUUGACACAUCUAAAGCUGGUGGUGACACCCCCCUAAAAACAGCAGAUGUGGAAAGUACCCUGGUGGAAGGACUUCAUGACCCUAUGACACAGUGUCGGUAUUUAUCACCAAUCAGCUGUUUUGAUUUGCAGGUUAAGCCAGAGACAGUAUAUGAAGUGGAUGUCAUUGGAGAAGGCCGAGCAGCAUUAGAAAAAGUUAAUUCAGAUUUAGGUCUUGCCUUUGAUGCCUGGGACCUGGACUAUUAUACUAAAUUGUUCAAAGAAGAAGUAAAACGUAACCCCACCAAUGUAGAAUGCUUUGACUUGGCUCAAUCAAACAGUGAGCACUGCCGUCACUGGUUCUUCAAGGGCAGAAUUGUGGUUGAUGGCCAGGAAUGUCCUGACUCUCUGUUCUCCAUGAUUAUGAAGACACAAGAUCAGUCCAACCCUAACAAUGUCAUCAAGUUUAAUGACAACAGCAGUGCCAUCAAGGGGUUCCCAGUGCACCUUGUGUACCCUGAAGAAACCAGUGUACCCAGCAGAUUUGUAGCCAAAGAUGAUAUAACCAGACACAUCUUACUCACUGCAGAGACACACAACUUCCCCACAGGUAAACUUACAGGCAGAAAGACAGACAUGAAUGAGACAUGA